CUCCUUGCCUAAGACAUUAUCAGGAAGCUCAGACUAGCAAGGCCCAGGUUGGCCUGCUCUGGACACCAGCACUAUGCCUGUGAUAUUGGGUUACUGGGAUAUUCGUGGGCUGGCUCAUGCCAUCCGCAUGCUCCUGGAGUACACAGACACAAGCUAUGAGGACAAGAAAUACACCAUGGGGGAUGCUCCCGACUUUGACCGAAGCCAGUGGCUGAAUGAGAAAUUCAAGUUGGGCCUGGACUUUCCCAAUCUGCCCUACUUAAUCGAUGGGUCACACAAGGUCACCCAGAGCAAUGCCAUCCUGCGCUACCUUGGCCGGAAGCACAACUUGUGUGGAGAGACAGAGGAGGAGAGGAUUCGUGUGGACAUUUUGGAGAACCAGGUUAUGGACACCCGGAUUCAAUUGGCCAUGGUCUGCUACAGCCCUGACUUUGAGAAAAAGAAGCCAGAGUACUUAGAGGGUCUCCCUGAGAAGAUGAAGCUCUACUCUGAGUUCCUGGGCAAGCGGCCAUGGUUUGCAGGGAAUAAGGUCACCUAUGUGGAUUUCCUCGUCUAUGAUGUCCUGGAUCAGCACCGUAUAUUUGAGCCCAAGUGCCUGGACGCCUUCCCAAACCUGAAGGAUUUCAUGGCUCGUUUUGAGGGCCUAAAGAAGAUAUCUGACUACAUGAAGAGCAGCCGCUUCCUCUCCAAGCCAAUCUUUGCAAAGAUGGCCUUUUGGAACCCAAAGUAGGACUGCAAAGCCCAGACCUGGGGAGCACUCACUCCCGAGCGCCCUGCUGGCUCUGGGCCUUGGGCGUGGCUCUGGCUCCCGCCACAAGCAGCUUUCUCCUCCUUCCCCUCCCCAUUCCUCCAUUUCCUCUUCCCGCCCUUCCCUCACUAAAGCCUCUGGUUCCUUAGGCUCUCCAUGUCUUCUUCAGUCUCUUCCUAUCCCUUGUUUCCGCCCUGCAUCCAGCCUUCCCUCACUGCUGUUUGGAGGGAUGUACCACACCUCAGAAUCCCCAGCCUGGCCUGAGAGAUUGGAUCUGCCUGUGUGCUGCCCUGGUCCUCGCGUGAGCAGCUAUGCCCCAAUUGAUUCACAAUAAAGUGUGAUCUACCUUU